UUAUCCUGGCAGGCUCCUCAGGAGUGUUGUGAGGAGUCUAGCCAGUUGGUGAGCUCUCUAAUCUAAAACAGCUGUCCCCAGACUGAGGCCUCCCAUUUGCAUUGUUUAACAUACUUAGAAAAUGAAGUGUUCAUUUUUAACAUUCCUCCUCCAAUUGGUUUAAUGCUGAAUUACAGAAGAGAACUAAGCAAAACCAGGUGCUUUUGCUGUUUUCUCUCCAGUGUCUAAGGAGGAGCAGAUCUCUCCUUCUCCCUUCACUCUUCUCCCCUCCUUCCUUCCCUCCCUCCCUCCUCCUCCUUCCUUCCUUCCCUCUUUCUCACUCUCUCCUUCUGCUUCUCUAUGAUUUUGGGUCUUUCAUUCUGUGGAAUAUAAAUGAUGGCAGGACUAACAUUCUGGCAAAAGGUUUAAUGUGCAAAACUAUUUUCCAGCUAUUCAGCUGUGCACACAUUAUUUUCCCCGCUCAACAUUUUUCUUCAGUUUUGGACAUGACAGGAUUAAAAAGGAUAAUUACCAUUUUCAUGGUGGCUGCCUGCCUCUUAAGUCGGGGGAAGACACAGGAUCGGGGCUCCAGCAGGAGACAUGGAAGACAGGAUGGAUCCUCACUUGAGCAACAAUGCUCAAAUGGGUUUGAGAUGGACCGUACCUCGGGCCAAUGCUUAGAUGUUGACGAAUGUCGGACUAUUGUCGAGGCCUGUAGAGGAGAUAUGGUGUGCGUUAACCAGAAUGGUGGCUAUCUAUGUAUACCACGAACAAAUCCCGUUUAUCGGACGCCAUAUCUGAAUCCUUAUGCUAACGCAUAUCCUCCACCACCUCCAGCCCCAGCGCCUGCUCCCAAUUAUCCAACUGCUGCACGAACUCCAGUCAUUUGCCGGUUUGGUUACCAAAUGAGCGAAGGCAACCAGUGUGUUGAUGUUGAUGAAUGUGCAUCUGAAUCACACCAGUGCAACCCCACCCAAAUCUGCAUCAACACUGAGGGAGGAUAUACUUGCUCCUGCACGGAAGGAUACUGGCUUUUAGAAGGCCAAUGUUUAGACAUAGAUGAAUGUCGCUAUGGUUACUGUCAGCAGCUAUGUGCCAAUGUACCAGGCUCCUACUCCUGUACAUGCAAUCCAGGCUUUAUCUUGAAUGAAGACGGAAGAUCAUGCCAAGAUGUGAAUGAAUGUACAACCAAUAAUCCUUGUGUGCAAAACUGUGUCAACACCUACGGCUCAUUCCUUUGCCGCUGUGACCCUGGCUAUGAAUUAGAGGCUGAUGGUAUUAGUUGUACUGAUAUGGAUGAAUGCAGCUUCUCGGAAUUUCUUUGUCAGCAUGAAUGUGUCAACCAGCCAGGUAGUUACUACUGCUUCUGCCCUGCUGGCUACGUUCUUCUUGAUGAUAUCCGAUGCCAGGAUAUUAACGAAUGUGAUGUUGGGAACCACACUUGUACCUUGCAACAAACAUGUUUUAAUGUCCAAGGAGGAUUCAAAUGCUUAGACCCAAUAAGGUGUGAGGAGCCUUAUAUCCUGAUCAGUGAAAAUCACUGUAUGUGCCCAGCUGAAAAUCCUGGUUGCAGAGACCAGCCAUUUACCAUUUUGUACAGAGACAUGGAUGUUUCAGGGCGCACUGUGCCAUCUGAUAUAUUUCAAAUGCAAGCAACGUCCCGCUACCCUGGUGCUUAUUACAUCUUCCAGAUAAAAUCAGGAAACGAAGGAAGAGAAUUCUACAUGCGUCAAACUGGACCUAUCAGUGCCACUCUAGUGAUGACCCGUCCUCUGAAGGGGCCACGUGACAUUCUCCUGGACCUGGAGAUGAUUACUGUUAACACUGUCAUCAACUUCAGAGGAAGCUCCGUCAUUCGGCUGAGGAUAUAUGUAUCACAGUAUCCCUUCUAAACCAAGAGUUUCAUUGCUUUCUUUUGUAA